UCGCCGGAGCCGGGCAGGAGCUCUCCAGAGAGGAAGAGUCCCAGCUCCCCCGUCUGCAAAGACAAAUCAAGACCACCUUCAUCAAGCCCUUCCAGUAUUGUUCGCAGGACGUCCUCACUGGAUACACUUGCUGCUCCUUACCUUGCAGGGCAAUGGCCUCGGGAUAAUCAUGGACAAGCUGCUCCCUGUAUGAGAGACAAAGCCACACAGACAGAAAGUGCCUGGGCUGAGGAAUAUUUAGAAAAGAAGAGAAGCUCACACAAACGUUCAUCAUCAUGGGGCAGCAAUGAGCAGCUUAAGGAGAUUGCAAAAUUGCGUCAACAGCUGCAGAGAAGCAAACACAGCAGCAGGCACCAUCGGGACAAGGAAAGACAGUCUCCUUUUCAUGGCAACCAUGCAGCCAUUAACCACAGUCAGGCUCCUAUCCCGAAGAGUGCUCUCGUUCCUGUGAUACCUAUAACCAAAUCAACGGGGUCACGAUUCCGAAACAGUGUGGAAGGAUUGAAUCAAGAGAUUGAAAUAAUAAUUAAGGAGACAGGAGACAAAGAAGAACAACUUAUUCCUCAAGAUAUUCCAGACGGGCACCGUGCCCCGCCUCCGCUGGUGCAGCGCAGCAGCAGCACUCGCAGCAUUGACACCCAAACCCCCGGUGGAGCAGACAAGGGCAGUAACAACAGCAGCCGCUCCCAGUCAGUGUCUCCAACCUCCUUUCUUACCAUCUGUAAUGAAGGCAGUGAGGAAAGUCCGUGUUCUGCAGAUGAUCUGCUUGGUGAUUCCAGAGAUAAAGAAAAUGGGAAUAAUUCUCCCUUGCCAAAAUACGCUACCUCGCCAAAACCCAACAACAGCUACAUGUUCAAGCGUGAACCUCCUGAGGGCUGUGAAAAGGUGAAAGUCUUUGAGGAAAACUUGCCAAAGCCAUUGCAUGAAAUUCCAGCCUUCUAUUGCCCUGACAAGAACAAAGUGAAUUUCAUUCCGAAAAGUGGCUCUGCUUUCUGUCUUGUCAGCAUCCUCAAGCCACUUCUUCCCACACAGGAUCUCACACUUAAGGGCACUACACACAGCCUGACUGUCUCCUCCAGCAUGACGCCUGGUUUGUUACAGCCCAUUUCUAUGGCCUCCUUGACUACAAACACAGAUCAAGACAGGAUCUCUCGUGGAACAAGUACAGUAAUACCACAGACCUCUCUGCUCCAGCAGUCAGGAUGUAUUGAGGAAGCUGAAGAAUAAUUUUGAUUGUCUUGACAUUUUUCUGGGCAACUACUGGGAAAAAAAUGGAACCAAUUGACCGGACCUUUCUGAUCACACACACACAUUGUUAAAACAAUUUAUGGCACUGCCAUAAUCAAACUGUUUGUAUAAUUUCGGUAGCACAUUGAGAAGUUCAGGAGGAUGCAGCAGCUGAUAUGCUGUUGUACUUUCUGCUUUUGAAGACUCUGGUUCUGUUUCUCUCCUCCUUUUUUUAAACACUGGUGAAAACAGACUGUCAUAAUCCUUUGCCAUUUAAAGGACCAGUUGUUGUGAUGGUGUGUGUCCUCUGACUUUCUUUUUCCCAUUAAAAACGUCUCAAGACCAGCCAGCUGAUCCCAUUUACCAUUGUAAUCUGCAGAGGGAGGCGCAAUCAGAUGGUUUUGCAAGAUGUCUUUUUUGUAUGAAAAAUGUGUAUUUUGUAACAAAAUUUUGCCUUUUCUGGUUUGUAGAUGGUGUUUCCUGGUGAUGAUCCCCCUACCUUUUUUUUUUUUUUUUCCUUUGGUAGGGAAGAUUCUUUUAUACUUGGCUGGCUUACAGCUGAUGGGACCAAAGGAUUGCUGAACUAUUAUAGCAGUCUCAAAUUAUGUGACCUUGCUGAACAGCCUCAGACCUAAACAAAGCAAGAAAAGUUAAUAUGUUUGAAACUUUUAAAACAGAAGAGUAUGCAAAAACAGUGUUAGUAUAUAGUGUACAUUUUUUUAAUAUAAAAAAAUUGUGCUUCUGGUAAGUCACAUUCUUAAAACUCCUUCCUUCACAGAAUUCCUGCUAGUGUUGGUUUAUUGGCUGGAAAAUUGCAUUUUAAAGCACUUGUCCUGGUAUUGUUCUAUUUGUCCAUAGAAAUUUUGUGCAGAUGUAGGGAAAAGAUAUAGUAUCCUCUUACUUGGUAUUCUUUCUUCCAGGAAAUACUUGACUCUAACAGGCUUGCUUAGAUUCUUAUGAGUCAGCCUGAAUCAUUAAUCACUCUUGGUACAAAUUUGCUCUGACGUGACUCAUCACUGUAUUAUAGACCCUGGCCACAUAAUCCUGAAAUACCUGUGCAUGGUUUCCUCCCUUUUGUCAUAGUGGUGUUUGUGUGUCCGUUGAAGGUGAUGGUUUGUCAGGCAUGAUAUCUGUUAUGCAGAAGUUUACAGCAGCAGCUCUCUUUUUGACUAGCAGCUUAGGCUGGCAUGUAAAACUGAGGAUUUUUUGAUACUUGGUUUGUCCUGAUAAUGUGGCAGUUUAUGGUUGCUUUGAAAUUACAGUAAAAGGCAAAAAUGGGGGGGAAAGGCAACUGCAAACAAAAACUGUUCAGGAACUUCUCUGAGGCUUCUCAUGUGUUGCUGGAGUGCAUUACUUGGGUUUGAGUUAAUACAUUUAUAGAUAUGCAGAAAACUGCAAUGACCUGAAUACCAGUGUCAUAGUCACUUCCAAAACAAGUUGAUCUUGUACCUCUUUGACAGAGUUAGAUUCAAUAAUUCUAAGUGUCAUUGUGAGCAGUCUCUGGGUCUGAAUAAAAGCUGAAUAAAGCAGGUCUCAUUGGCUUGCACAUACACAAUUUCCAUCUACGUAGCUUCCAUGGAUCAGUUGUAUUCUCAGGUCUCCUCAUAACGGCAACUAUUUAAAGAUGAUUCUGCAAAUAUAACAUUUGUUCUUGUUCAGUGCUUAAUAUGAUUAAUUUGCUUCGAAACAUUUCAUGUGAGAGAAAAAACCCCUGCAUAUGUAUGCAGAUAAUAAUCAUAAUUUUGAUGCAUAUUUGCUGUUCCUUUAAAUCCUGUAUUAGUAACUACGAUUGCAGUGUACUUUAUUCAGCAAGUAAGUGUAAAUCAUACUAGAAUGUGGAAGUUCUCUAGUAUUUUUAAAACAUUAUGAAAAAAAAAUCAGUAAAUUAAAAUUGUACCAGGAAGUAUGAAAGUAUUUCACCUGUUAAAUUAGCAAACAAGCAUAAUUUGGUUUACUAUCUUCCUAUGAAAAUGGACAGGAUGUUUUGAAGUAACGGUUUUGAUUUGCACUGACAUUUGCAGUCACCUGGAGUUGUUGAGGAACAGAAUUUUAAAAAUAAGCAGCUUUGUGCAUCAAACUUGCGUAAUUUCGGCAGUUGAUAGCUCUUUUCUAGGCUUUGUGGAUAUUAGUUUCUUCUGAAACACUACAGUGCAAUUUGAAGUCUAAAAUUUACUGCUUUAGAUAGAUUUGUUUAAACCUGGUGUGACUGAAUCCAGAUCAUAAUCAGGUGAAGGAAGUGCUUUUAAGUCUGUUUUCUAUUUCUGUAACGGUAGCAUGUAAAGAACUUCAUUGUUGCCAAACUACCUAGUGCUUUAUUAGGAGAUCUUAACUGAAAGGUUAAGAACCAUUGAGAAGGGCUAAAGUUAACUAAUAGCCUUUAUUACAGCCUUGACACUUGACUGACUUCACCAAAAUGCAUUCUGAUGUUUGUUUUCAUCACAGUGUGACUCUCCCAAACAGCAGUGAGCUUUCUUACUGUAGGACUUUCUUUUGCACCUGUUGUUGUAGUACUUUGAGUAUCUCUCUGGUAGUUUACCUUGUAUGUUAUUGGACAGUGUACUGUACAAAUUAGUGAGCUGCUCUGAUAAAAACCAAAUGUAAAUGUGUGAAGUUUCCACUUUUUAUAAAAAAACUGCAUUCAGGACAACAUUCAGUCUUUUUUAUAUGCAGGACAACUCUACUAUUGCUGUGGCAGCUCAAGUUUAUUGUGAAUCCACACUAAAGACUCAGAGUUAAGAAAAUAUGACAUCUCUUGUUCGGAGACCAGCUUUGAUGUGUGCAGACAAAAAUUAGCCUUAAAUUUUUUAUGUGCUGUCAUGUGCCAUGGCAUAGCUGUUAGCUGAAGUAUUUAAACCGAUUUGCAAAUAGCUUUGAGAGUGCAUGGAGCUUUUUAAAAAUUAUUUUCUGUAUAGAGUGAGAUGUUCAUUUUUUGGGGGAGCUGACCUGUGCAUUACACAAGCACAGUUUUACCAAAAGAGUUCAAAUUCUUUUGGCUUACUUAAAAUCCUAACUAUGCAUAGACCUAGUCAGUUCCUUGAUUCCCUACUUUGUAGCUUAAGAAAAAGUAAAGGUCUAUUUUUAUGCACAACUUGACACAUUUGAUAUUCUUGUUUUCUUGGUGUUCUACACUUCUAGCCCCACUUAAAGGCUGGUAGUUGAGUUCAAUAACACUGGUAGUUGACUUUGAGAUAUAUUAAAUGAUGUUACUCCAGUUGUAAAUUCAGCUUAAAUCACAAGGAAGGCAUUCAUUGUAAUGAAGUCCAUGGUGACCGUUGUGAUUGUUGGAAUGUUUUUUUCAAAAACUCAAGGCACAUGGGAAGAGGGCUCCUUUGGUAAAGUAUGACCUGCAUCAGCUAUUCUUUCCUUGCUUAGUGCCAUAAUCCAUUAACAUUAAAGUACUUGAAAAACUAACAGACAGUACUUAAGUACAUCCAUCUUGGAAAGAAAUUCUUGAUUUCAGGUACCUAUCCCAAGUGAGGAAAAAAGGGAGUGAAAAUUAAAUAUUGCUUACUGUGGAAGUAAAUUAUUACUGUGUUUGAUUUUACAUAAAGCAAUAGCAGCUCUUAUAAAGUAUGUUUAGUCUCAGGGCUAUUUUUUGAUUUGUUCUAAAAUACAAUUUCCUGGAAUUCAGAGUCUGAGACUGUUGAAAAACACCGAGUCUGAGCUUUUUGGGAAGAAGGAAACAAACUCAUGUCCAUUAACCUUUCCUCUGCCUCAGGCUGAACUUCUUGUUGCUUAUUAAGAGAAUUCAGUGGUACCACAGUAAUUCCUUGCUGAAAUAUUACCUGUUCUCUCUCCCUGCCGUCUCUAAAAUGCUGACUGAUGUCUUCACAGAAACUCAGUGCCAGUGAUGUCCAUAUUUCCUUGCUAAAUGUUUCCUUGCUAAAUGUUUCCGUGCUGAGUACUUGACAGCUUCUACAUGAAGCUGAGAGGGCAAAGGAGGAUGCAUGUGCAUGCACACAUACAGUCUGGAUAGGUCUGCUGCUUUUUAUCUGUGUGGUUGGAGGCAGAGCUGAUAUUUUUGAGACCCUUUUUUGAUUUUUUUUUUCAUAUGUGCAGACCUGCAGAGCUGUUCUCUUCCAGAACUGAUGCACACUUACAUGCAUCUCCAAAGCAAAGCUUGUGUGUUGUUCUUACUUGUCCUCAUGAGAUUAAUAUAACCUGCAUAAAGGAAAUAAAAGCACCCAAACACUUGAGAACAUCAGGACUGUGCUUUCUCCAUAGUUCAUAUAAUUCCAUAGUUCAGGUGUGUGCCCUUCAUUAGAUGACUUAGACCUGAGCCAGGUUGAUAUAUGUUAAACGAAAAAUGUUUGCUCUUAGGAAAGGCAAUAGAAGGUAAGCCCUUCAUAACCUAGGGAGGUGAAAAGCACUGGGGAACAAUUGGUUUUACUGUGAUCAGAGUUCUUAUAGAAUUGUUUUUCUGAAUAUGGGUAUACAGGAAAACAAAGUGAGCAAUUACUGCAAGAUGUACCUGUAUAUUUUCUUGAUAUGAGUUUGUCGGAAUUCAGUAACUCUUCAAAUCAAUUCUGCUCUUAGAAUUGUGCUUAUACAAAGAAUUACUUAGAUGCAUUGUUUGGAAACUGUUACUUUGCACAUCAAGUGGGGAGAGAAUGUUCUAUGUUCUAACUAUUCACAAGUGUUCUGUGAAAUUCCACUCCUGAUCCCCAGCUGAUCCACAAGGUCUCUUUCUGAAUGUUCCAAACGUAGAUGGAGUCGUGUUACUGCUUGCUUGGUUUCAUUGCAUGUCAUCAGUAAGUACUCGAGGUAUGGUCUUUGUUUAAUAGUUCUUCAUUGGGAUUUGUAUUUGACUACAGAGACUUCUGUAGUGUUGACAGGUCUGUCUGAAUAGCAGAAGAGGACUUGGCCUGAUAACGCUGCAAAUUAACCUUUAUUGCACGAACUUCUGAAACUACUCUCUUUGGAAAAUCUACUAAGCUAAAAAAAACAAAACAAACCCCUUCUGAACACAUCAUCCAUCCUAAUUGUCAACGUACUGAUUGUUACAAACACAGCUUGGCUUCAUUCUAAAUUAUUUCGUAUAUUGAAAUGUGCAAUUUUUGAGGGUAGCAGUCAAGGGAUGUUUGAAACUGCCAUUAGAUU